AUGGUGUACAUCAUCGACGAAAACAAGAAGUCGAGCACAUCUAUGCCAUAUGUUCCGACACCAUUAGAUUUGCCGACUCCAGUUAUUGAACGUAAAACAACACCAGUAACUGAACAAAUGGCAAGUAGAUUUCAAGCAUCCAAAGAAGAAGAGGAAGAUUUUAUCAAGAAUAAUUACGUUGCACGGACAUUACUGAAUGAACCUCAACUACCGCCUGUGACCUGGUCAAACUGGUAUAAACAUGUCAACUGGCCUCAAGCAACAUUAUUAUGUCUUGAACCUUUCGUCGCACUCUACGGUCUAUUCACAACAGCAUUUAUGUGGCAGACAGUCGUUUUUACAAUCAUCUGGUACUUUCUCACUGGUUUUGGUAUUACAGCUGGUUAUCAUCGUUUAUUUGCUCAUCGUUCAUACGAAGCUAAAACACCAUUGAAAUAUUUAUUAUUGGUUUUAGCUGCAGGCUCAGUUCAAGGUUCUGCUCAAUGGUGGGCACGUGGCCACCGAGCCCACCAUCGUUAUACUGAUACGGAUCUCGAUCCAUACAGUGCACACAAAGGCAUUUUUUAUUCUCAUAUUGGUUGGUUAAUCUUCAAACCACGUCGAAAACCAGGCGUAGCUGACAUAACUGAUCUUUCACGCGAUAAGACUGUUCAAUGGCAACAUCGUCAUUAUUUGACAUUGGCUUUCUUCAUGGCAUUUGUUUUUCCCACUCUUCUUUGCGGUCUCCUUUGGGGUGAUUACCGUGGUGGUUACUUUUUUGCCGGUGUUCUUCGUCUCGUAUUCGUUCAUCAUUCAACCUUCUGUGUUAAUUCAUUAGCACAUUAUCUAGGUGAUGCACCAUUCGAUGACCGACACACACCUCGUGACCACUUUAUAACCGCUCUUGUCACUCUUGGCGAAGGCUAUCACAACUUUCAUCAUGAAUUUCCAUCCGAUUACCGUAACGCACUCAAAUGGUUCCAAUACGAUCCAACAAAAAAUCUUAUUCAAUUCUUCAAAAGGAUUGGACUUGCUAGUAAUCUGAAAGAAUUCCCUCAAAAUGAAAUUCAAAAAGGUCGUUACACAAUGGUACGUAAAGCAUUAAAUCAAUUUGGACGAACUAUCACUUGGCCAAAAGGUGAUGAAGAAUUACCGUUGAUUUCUUAUGAAGAAUAUCAAGAUUUAGCAAAAAAGGACGAUGGUCGUGUGCUAGUCUUAAUCGCCGGUUUUAUUCACGAUGUUAGCAAUUUUAUUGAUUCACAUCCCGGUGGUCGAGCUUUAAUUCGAAGCUACGUUGGCAAGGAUGCGACUGUCGCAUUCUACGGUGGUGUACAUGAUCACAAUACUGCAGCACACAAUAUGCUAGCGAUGAUGCGAGUUGCUGUUUGUAGAUAUGGUGGUGAAGUGGAACAUCUGAAGAGAAAAUUAGGACAUAUCCAAACGCCCACUCCUAUUUUCGCCUAG